AGUGCCUGUCUGUCAGCAGAGGACGUCGGUGUCUCUCUCUCUCUCUCUCUCUCUGACCUUUGUUUUGUUUUUGGAUCGUGACGCUAGUGUCAAUUCCCAUCAUCGUGUCUAGGCGUUCCGAUGGGCUAGUCUCUCUCUCUCUCUCUCUAGGGUUUCGUUCCCAUUAGUAUAUCAGUACUGUAGGCCUUGGUAGGUUUUGGAAGAGCAUCGAACAAUGCCUUCGGUGCUCCCCGUUGUCUCCCUCACCAUUCCUUUGGCUCCGUACCUGACCUCCUUCUGUGGCGUUGGUUCAAGCUCUCACCGUCUGAAACGUCUUGAAAAGGGUGAUCGCCGUGGUAAUCUUAGUUAACGCUCCUUCCUUUCUCCGUUUCUCGUGUCGUAUUUGGGCUUUUGUUUUUCUGGAUCUUGUCUAGUGAGUAACCUAAUCAGUCUUUAACGAAUCGGCGAUCCAGCCGUUGGAAAGAGUGAUCUGCUUGUGAAACCUCUGUACUGCACUAGGACUACGCUUGCCUUUGGAUUCGUCGUUGAAGAAAGGGCUGCAAACGAACCAAGCUGAAUGUGAGCAACUCUUGGCUCGGUUCGGUUCAGCUGGUUAGGAAAUGAGUCGAGCAACUCGAGUUUUGAGCUCGAUUUGUAAACAAGCCGUUAGUUGUAAGUUGUAACUCGGCUUGAUUAUAGAAGUUCAGCUCAUUUGUGGAGGCUCGUGUAGUGAAUAAACCGAGCUCGAAAACCUCAACAAUGAACAAGCUUGAUCACGUCAAAAAGCUCGUCUCAUAUUGUUUGCAGCCCUAGUUAUCUUUUUUCUCUCCUAGCUACUGAUUUCAAUGACAGACAUCGAUCCUCCGGUGGCCACAUCAGUUUCAGAUGUAAAUAGCUCUCCUGAGUUGAAGCACCUGUUUCCAGACCCAUCUCAAUGUAUCAUAAAACAUGCAUCACCGGAAGACCUUGGGAAUGACCUGGCUGAGUUUCUACGUAUUGAGGAUGGCCAUAAAUUGGAACUGAAAUCCACUUUUCCUCUAUCUUCUGGCGAAAAAGAAAAUACAACUCUAGAGAAGAAGGAUGAAUGUGAAGAACGGCAUCAGACUGAAUCAACCUGCCUAACCUCUGAAGAGUUCUUAUCGGAGGGUGCAACACUUGCAUGCGGUAGUGGGAAGGGUGGGAAAGCUCCAUUGGCCGUGGCUGUUGAUGGUGAAGACGAGGAAGUGGAAGAUGAGAAGGAGAAAGAUGACUUAGUUUCUGCAGUCUGGAACCAAAAUGGUUGUGAAUAUGUUAAACCAGCUCACCCUCAACCCCUUUCAUUGCCGACUCCUUUGAAGCCUGUUUCUGCCAUGAAAGGUAGCCGGGAGAAACAAGGGAUGCCACCAAAAAGGCUGAAUGUGAAAUGGGCCCCUGAUGUGUAUGAUCCCCCUACAUCACCAUCCCCAACCCCAACCAUGGGAUUUAUAAAACCACGGCCCAAGAAUGAAAGUAAGAAGAAUGGAAAGAACAAGCACAAGGGCAAAUCUUCUAAAGGGAUCAGCAGCAAGGACAAGAAGCAGGUCCGAAAACAUGGUGGGAGUUCUAACAAAUUCUAUCAAUCGCUGGAUUAUUAUAACAAAGUGGUUGAAUUCAAUGAUCCUUUUGCAAAGCUGGGGGAUUUUGAUGAUGGGAGCCCAGAAUCGUAUUGCGGGAGUAGUUUCCUGAAGAAAUCUGCGACAAGGUUGCACCUGUCUAUUGCAGAGGCUACAUAGGUUUCCAGUCCCUUUCUUUGAGUGUUCAUAAAUAAGUUCGAGGCCUUGUUGAUCACUGGCAGAACAAAAGACUACUACUAUGUCGGAGACUUGUGUUAUAUUUUCUGUUGUUCCUUCUGUUGGCAAUGGACCCUUAACGAGCCUCAGGUUUUGUUUGUAUGAUAGUUUGAGGUUUGCCUUCUUGUUUCAUGAGGGGUUUAGCUGUUUCAGUUGGUGUUGGCAAUGUACCCUUCUCGAACCUAAUGUAUGACACUUUAGGUUUGCCUUUUCGUAAGUUUAGUGAGCCUUUUCCCUAUUA